AGAGAAAAGAGAGUAAGAAGAAUCCAUCACACACACUGAGACGGAGGAGAGCAGCGAGGGAUUCAGCAAAGGACAAGAUAACCCUCUCAAUACAGAUCCAUGGAGUGGAGUAGGAGAGCUAUCCCUGUUUCUGGGAUUUUCCUACUCUUUCUGAGGGUCACGGUGCAAAUAGACAACGUGGCAUUGAGAGGACAGGCUGUUCAGUCAUCACAGUUUUCGGAUCGCAAUGCUCACUAUGCAAUUGAUGGGAACAGAAACACAAACUAUGGAUCCUGCACCCACACUGCACAGGAGACCAACCCCUGGUGGAGAGUGGACCUGCUGGAUGUGUACAAAGUGACAGCUGUCACCAUCACCAACAGAGAUGUUGUUCCUGAGAGACUUGAUGGUGCUGAGAUCCGCAUCGGUAACUCACUGGAGAACAAUGGCAUCAACAACCCCAGAUGUGAUGUCAUAUCCCACAUCCCAGCAGGAGAGACCUACACCUUCCAGUGUAAUGUGAUGGAGGGUCGCUAUGUUGUUGUGGUCAACCCUGGCAGGUCGGAAUGGCUCACACUUUGUGAGGUGGAAGUAUUUGCCACUGUCAAAACUCCAGAGUCUUCCACAGAAGCCCCCAAGUCAAAGAGAACGGUUGUGAGGAUGAAGAUCCAAUCAGAUGCUGAUAUGACAGACCAGGCAGUCGGUGACCAGCUCCUACAGCAGCUGCAUGUAGAGCUCGUGAAGCAGGGGGUGUCUGACUUUCAACUGCGCUGGAGGACUCAGCCAGAUGGACAGAUUUUCCACCGUGAGGAAGAAGAGAAGGAGGGUGGACCCACACAGACAGGUGUCUCUGGAACUGAAGGGGGCUAGCCUGGUGAGAGACUCUAAGGAGACACAAUAGUUUAAGAUUGGACUGUAUUGAUGACAAUCAAUCUACGUAAAACUUUAAUGAAACCCAGUCUCAAAUAGCCGCCUGUCCUAUUUAAUAGCUAGGCAACAACACAUUUCAGAAACCAAACGCCUGUUUCAAAUAAACUCAGGGUCUAAAUCAAAUCAAAUCUAAUGUUAUUUGUCACAUACACAUGGUUAGCAGAUGUUAAUGCGAGUGUAGCAAAAGGCUUGUGCUUCUAGUUCUGACAGUGCAGUGAUAUCUAACAAGUAAUCUAACAAUUCCCCAAAAACUACCGAAUACACACAAAU